UUCUCCAGUUUCCAUCUUUCUUUCCUCUGCAAUACCUUGCGCUGACUUUUACAGAAAAUUGCAAUGGCUGAGGUGCUGGUUGGAGCGUUUCUCACCCCCGCCAUUGAGGCGCUUCUUGAGAGAUUGGCUUCUGGUGACAUUCUUGACUUCUUCCGAGUCAAAAAGCUGCAGGAUGGCUUCUUGCUGAAAAAACUGGACGUGACCCUUAACAGUCUCAACAAAGUCAUUGAAGAUGCUGAGGAGAGGCAAUACAGAGACCCUUAUGUGAAGCGCUGGCUUGAUGAGCUCAGAGAUGCUGUGUUCCAGGCUGAGGAUCUGCUGCUUGAGAUUGCAACCGAGGCCUCUCGACGCAAGCUCCAACUUGAACUUCAUCCCACUACAGCAAAACAGAGGGAUGAGCUGGGUUGA